CACCACGGUAGGCAUAGUUUGUGAAGUAUAAUGGGAUUAUCUGUAAAAUGGGCUUUUAUAUGAAUACUAACAAAUACCGCCAAAUAUUGCAACGUACAACGGACUUUUAUAAUGCAAACGUCACGUGACACUAGAGUCGUUUUUUUAUUGACAAGCUGAAGCUUAGCUAAAAAAAAAAAAGAGUAGCCUCAUAAAAAUAACCAAGCGGCAAGGAUGAUCAAGGCUAUUCUCAUUUUUAACAACCAUGGGAAACCCAGACUCAUCAGAUUCUACCAAUAUUUUGCAGAAGACAUGCAACAACAGAUCAUUAGGGAGACCUUUCAUCUGGUGUCCAAAAGAGAUGACAAUGUCUGCAAUUUUCUGGAGGGCGGAAGUUUGAUCGGAGGCUCUGACUACAAGCUGAUCUACAGACACUAUGCCACCCUGUACUUUGUGUUUUGUGUGGAUUCAUCAGAGAGCGAGCUGGGGAUUCUAGAUCUCAUUCAGGUCUUUGUGGAAACCCUGGACAAAUGCUUUGAGAACGUGUGUGAACUGGACUUAAUCUUUCACAUGGAUAAGGUUCAUUACAUUCUCCAGGAAGUUGUCAUGGGUGGGAUGGUUCUGGAAACUAACAUGAAUGAAAUAGUCGCCCAAGUGGAGCUGCAGAACAGAAUGGAGAAAUCGGAGGUGAGUUCACAUUGA